AUGUCACACGUCGACUUAGAACAAGGAAGAAUUGGAGAGCGACGGCUGUCGUUCACAGACGGUGAAGAUGUCGUUUCAUGCUUCCACUCGAAUACGUACGCAUAUUAUGACUGCGACACCAACGAGCAUUCGAGGAGUGUCUCUUCGUUGAGUGAUGACUCAGAGAAGGGUGUGUGUAGGAUUUGCAAAUUGGAGGUUGGAUCGAACGGUCAGGGUUUGAUUGAGUUGGGAUGUUCGUGUAAGGGUGACUUGGCGUUUGCUCAUCGACAAUGUGCUGAGACUUGGUUCGAACUCAAAGGAAAUGAAGUAUGUGAGAUUUGCCACUCGGAUGCGAGGAACGUGGCCAGCGCGAAUGAGACGGUAGAGGCAGAGGAGGUGGUAGUGGUGGAGGUUGAGGAAGAAGGAGACGCUGCCGUGGGGGAAGACGGAGAGAGCUGGUGGCAGCAGCGGAUGGUGUUGAUAUUUGUGAUAACUUGUUGGGUAUCACCAUUUUCCAUCUACUUUCUUGCAAUCCAAAAUUAA